AUGCGAAUCCGAUACCCCUUCGCAGGCGCCUUUCUCUUUCUCCUAAUCCUCGCAGCCUACAUCGGCUUGCUCCCUCACAGCACCUCUUCCUCAAUACCAUCAAACCUCCAACCAAACGACAAAUUCCUUCACGUCGUCACCUUCUUCUUCCUCUCCCUCGUCUUCUACUGGAUCCCGGAUACCACCCGCCGCCGCUCCCUGCAAUUGACCCUGCUCAUCUGCACGCUCGCCCUCGGCAUCGGCUCCGAGAUCGUCCAGGCCAUUCUCCCCAACGACCGCCCAUUCGACCCCUUCGACAUCCUCGCCAACCUCGUCGGCAGCCUCGGCGCCGUCGGCCUGUGCAGCUGGUACCACCGGCGGAUGCUGGAGCGGCGGCGCAAGGCGCGCUUCGGGGCGCUGGGCGACGAGCGCGAGGAUGACGUCGAGCUGGGCGGUGCUGGCGGUUCGGAGAGUGGCCUCGGGCCGCAGGAAUCGGGCGUGAUGACGCUGGAGCAGGAGGUCGACAAUUGGGAUGAGAAUGCGGUGGAUAACUGGGAUACCGAGGAGGGGGCGGAUGAGUAUUCUGCUACUACACCGGGGCGGGGUCCGGAGUCCAAGGUCUCGCCUGUUAAUGGCGAGGGUGCGAAACGGUCAGAUUGA